AUGAGGUUUUAUACAGGUUUUCCAUCAAUGAACUCAUUCAAUGCUCUGCAUAAUGCUCUUGAACCUAAGCUAAAAAGUGUGAGGUACUGGAAAGGACCAUCCUUCCACUGCAAUACACUGAAGCAUAAGGUUUUCAAGAAAUCUAGAGCCACAAGAAAACUGUCUACUAAAGACGAGUUAGUUUUAACUUUAAUGAAAAUCCGACUUGGGUUAUUGGAUGAAGAUUUAGCAGACAGAUUUUCUAUUUCUGUGUCGUAUGUGUCAAGAAUCUUUACCACUUGGGUGAAGAUUCUUAGCAAGUACCUCAGUAAACUAAUUUUCAACCCUCCGAAAGAAGUGGUUCAUGCAAAUCUGCCCCCCAAAUUCAAAACACAGAAAUACUCAUCAGUUCGACACAUUAUUGAUUGUUCGGAGGUCUUCAUUGAGAAACCUCAUAGUAUGAUGGUUUCAAACCAGUGCUGGAGUGAUUACAAACACCACUACACUGCAAAAUUCCUUGUAAGUAUCACUCCAGCUGGAAUGAUCAAUUUUGUGUCGAACUGUUGGGGAGGUAGAGCCAGUGACAAAUGUAUAACAAUUAACUCUGGCUUCCUUGACUUGAUAGAGCCUCACGAUAGUGUCAUGGCAGACAAAAGGUUCAGUAGUCUCAUGAAAGAGCUGACUCUUUCUCAAGCAAAUUUGCUUGUUCCACCAAGAAGGCAUGGUAUUGCACAGAUGACUGCAUAUGAUGUUCAAAAAACAAAAGAAAUAGCAAAUAGGAGAAUAUAUGUAGAACAAGCCAUAAGACGUAUUAAAUUCUUUCGCUUACUGAAAUUUGAAGUUCCUGUUACAAUUUGUCAACAUUUAGACGAUAUACUCAAAAUUGUUUGUGGAAUAUGCAAUCUUUAUCCACCCCUCCCUAGGUAUGAUUGA